AUGCGAAUGCCUCCUGAUUUUCAGUCAGAUAAACCAGUUUCAUAUUACUCCCUAUUCACCUUUCGUCGAGACAGGGUGCAUGUGCUUGUUCUCGUGUAUGUGGAUGACAUUAUCGUGUUAGUUGCCCGAAACUCAACAGGAAUUUUUCUGUCUCAACGAAAGUAUGCUUUGGAUAUUAUCUCUAAAGUUGGAUUACUUGGUACAAAACCUGUUCCUUUUCCUAUUGAGCAGAAUCACAAUCUCGCCUUGACAGAUGGGCCUCUCUUAUCUGAUCAUGAAAGAUACAGGCGCUUGGUGGGCAGGCUUAUUUAUCUCUCAGCAACUCGUCCUGAGUUGUCUUAUUGCGUGCAUGUUCUAUCUCAAUUUAUGCAGCAACCGCAAGAAAGACAUUGGGAGGCUGCAUUGCGAGUGGUGCGCUACUUGAAAGGAAAUUCUGGUCAAGGAAUUCUCUUGCGGUCAGAUUGUGACUUGCAAUUAUAUGCAUGGUGUGAUUCAGACUGGGCGAGCUGUCCUUUGUCCCGACGUUCUCUGUCUGGAUGGUUUAUUCUCCUUGGAAAAUCGCCGAUCUCUUGGAAAACUAAGAAACAACACACUAUGGCUCGUUCUUCAGCGGAAGCUGAGUAUCGUUCUAUGGCCACGGCCACGUGUGUUAAAAUGGCUAAAGGGAUUGUUAUUGGCUCUUGGAGUUACACAUUCAAACUCAAUGCGAUUAUAUUGUGA